CAAAAUAUUGUUGGUGUGUUUUCCUUGAACUCGGACUUAGCCUUUCUUGAUUCACUAUAGGCAUGGUAGACCAAGCACCAGUGGCAGCUUUCAAACUAGUUCUUGUUGGAGAUGGUGGUACAGGGAAGACAACUUUCGUGAAGCGACAUAUUACAGGAGAGUUUGAAAAAAAGUAUGUCGCCACAUUGGGUGUUGAAGUUCACCCUCUUGAUUUUCACACAACUCGUGGUAAAAUGCGUUUCAAUGUGUGGGAUACAGCAGGGCAAGAAAAAUUCGGCGGUUUAAGAGAUGGAUAUUACAUCCAAGGACGGUGUGCAAUUAUUAUGUUCGAUGUGACGAGUCGUGUCACGUACAAAAACGUCCCUAAUUGGCAUAGGGAUUUGGUUCGCGUCUGCGAAAAUAUACCAAUUGUUUUGUGUGGAAACAAAGUUGACAUACAGGACAGGAAGGUGAAAGCAAAGUCAAUAACUUUCCAUAGGAAGAAAAACUUACAAUAUUAUGACAUAUCCGCUAAGUCCAACUACAAUUUCGAAAAGCCGUUCCUCUGGCUGUUUCGUAAACUCGUUGGUGAUCCAAACCUCGAGUUUGUAGAAAUGCCUGCAAUGCAGCCUCCAGAAAUCCAAAUCGACCCUUACUUGGUUCGACAAUAUGAACAAGAAAUUCAGAUGGCUGCUGAGGCUCCUCUGCCAGAUGAAGGUGAUGAAGACCUGUGAUUUUAUGUGAAGUCAAAUGUGGGCUAAGGACCAGAUUUUCAAAUAAUUAUAUUCAAAUGUAAUAAAUCUAUUAUGCGUACUUC